UUGCCUUUUUUAUUGGAUUGUUGUUUUACUGGAUUAUGUAUUUAUUUAUAUAGUCUAGUAAUUAAUCUUUUGACAUAUAUGAUCAAAUAAUUAUUUUUUAUUCUUGCUUAUGGUAUCUUUUUUCUUAUGACUUUGGGGUUUUGAGUUUGAGCAUGUGCAAUGUUAGGAAAGUUUCUCAUGAAAUUUGGAUAAUCAAGAGUUACCUAAGGGAUAAAGCUAGUGUCAUAGGACAUUAAGUUGGGGGAGGAGGAGAACAAGACAAGGGAUAUUCAGUAAGAUUUUUCUCUCCUAUCCCUGCCUAUGGAAUGAAUUUGCUGAUCUAAAACAGAAAAUUAUUUACCCCUUUUUAAAAAAACUCAAUUAACUCAGGUUUUUAGGCCAGUGGAAGAGAACCCCAAAAACUUCCAAUAUUCAGUGAUUCUGUCUGCAUAAGUGACCCACAGAUAACUCACUCCCUAUUGACCCUGGCCUUUGGGACAACAGAAAAGGCACAAGGCUUGUAGCCCAAAGGCCUGCCUGAUGAUUCCAGCCCUGGCUCUUGCUGGCCAUGAAGUGUUCAAGAUUUGAGCCUUUCUAGGCCUCAUUCUUUCCACCUGUAAAACAGGAGUAAUCAUCCCAAUUUUGAAAGGCCACUGUGAGGAUAAAAUAAGUAAUAUAAGUGAAAGUACAUGCUCAGUUCUUCAUUAUUAAUUUUUUGGAGAGCACAUAGCCAAAAGUCACUCCGAAUUCCAGAAGUAUUUGGAAUACCACAUACCCAUUGUUAUGCUAGAGAGUCAUCUUCACCAUUGUAUUUUGCUGAGACUAAUACUAAACUUAGAAUUCCCCUGCAUACUGCAACUGAAAGAGAACAGGUAUUGGGCAGCGGCAGUGGGGGAAACCAAGAUGGAAUUUAGAUGUUCAAAUUUUAAUAUUUACAUUUUUUGAACAGAGAGCUUACUAUAUAAUUAUCCUCUUGUACAGAUGGCAUUCCUCUGAAAUAAGCAAUUACCCUUAUCCCUAGGUCUAGUUCCUGUGGAGAGAAAAUGAUUCUACUUUGAGCUAUAUGGGUCCAAUAAAUAAAGAUAGAUCCCUCAAUUUAAAUUUGAUCCUCAGAAAACUGAGGGUCAGAGAACUCCUCAGGCAUGAUGGGAUAAUGUGACGGUUAAUUUGGUAUGUCAACUUGGCUAGGCUGUGGUACCCAGUGUUUGAGUCAAAUACCAGUCUAAAUAUUGCUGUGGAGGUAUUUUUUAGAUGUGAUUAACAUUUAAGUCAGUAGACUUUAAAAAGCAGAUUAUUCUCAAUAAUAUGGGUGGUCCUCAUCCAAGCAGUUGAAGAGCUUAAGAGAAAUGACUGAGGUCCCUCAAGGAAGAAGAAAUUCUGCUUCCAGAUUGCCUUUGGAUUCAAGUCUUGCAACAACAACUCUUCCCUGGGUCUCCAAUUUGUCAACCCCACCAUCUUCUGAGACAAUUCCUUAAAAUAAGUAUUUUCUCUCUUUCUCUUUCUCUCUCUCUUUCUCUCUCCCUCCCUCUUUCUCUCCCCCACAUAUGUGUGUGUAGACACAUAAUGUAUGUAUAUAUAAAAUUGUAUGAACACACACAGUCAUGUGCUGGAUAACGAUGCUUCAGUCAACCACAGUCACAUAUUGGUGGUGUCCCAUAAGAUUAUAAUGGAGGUGAAAAAUUCCUAUCCCCUAGUGAUGUCCUAAAGUUGUAGCACAACAUACUACCUUUUCUAUGUUUAGAUAUAAAACUACAUUUUGUUACAAUUAUCUACAGUAUUCAGUAUAGUAACAUGUUGUACAGGUUUGUAGCCUAGGAGCAAUAGACCAUACCAUACAGCCUAGAUGUAUAAUAGACUAUACCAUCUAGGUUUGUAUAUGAUGUUUGCACAACAAUGAAAUCGCCUAAAGAUACAUGUCUGAGAAUGUAUCCCUGUUGUUAAGCAACCCCAUGACGGUGUGUAUAUACAUAUACAUAUGUGUGGUACUGGCACGCACACACACACAAUUGUUUCUGUUUCCCUGGAGAACCGACUGAUAUAGAUAGCGACUUCAAAAGAUGUUUAAUAUGUGCCUUUUCUCCUUUCCCCACCAUGCUUUAUUGCAACAACUAGUUACAUUGUCUAGGCCCAAGAAAGCCUCACCGCCCCCACUCCAUUCCUCCAGUAUCUUUAAAUGACACUAUGCUGGCAUCCGACAUCGUUUUUCUUCCAGGAUGAACUAACCCUUUCUAAAGGGCCCUUCCUCUGUGGGACAGAAAACCUAAUGCCCUCCUACAGAGGCGGAGGCCGGGUGAAGGUGGUGGUAGGAGGGGAACGCUGGGGGCGUGGCAUAGGUGCACAGGAAGACGCAAAAAAGAUCUGGUUCCCAUGGAGCUGACAUUCUACACAACAAACAAGUAAACAAAUACAUAAGUAAAAUAAUCUCUUCGUCCUAAGUGCUAUAAAGGAAAAAAUCACCGUGGUAUGAGGGUGCCUGAAAAGGGAAGCAUUUCUGAGGAGGGGCUACUUCAGAAGAGACCUGAAGGAAAAAGAGCUAGAUUUGUGAAAAGGGAGAAAGAGCAGCCAUACUAGACAGACAGGUGGCAUGUGGCCCCAGCACAAAGCACGGUGUUGGGUAAAUUCUGAGUGAACUCUACCUACCGGGGAGGUGCAUUUGUAAAUAUCUAGAUAGAUAUUUAGAGUGGCUACGUAAGAGUGAUCGCUAAAUCUCACUUUUUCCAAAGGGCCCCCGUUUUGUCUUGGGUUUCUACCGAGGUCCGGCAGCAACGUCAAGUGAUGGGGCGGGGGAUGGGGAAAGAGAAGUCUGCCGCUCCUCUAGGCUACCGCACCGCCUUAAGUGGGUGGCUCGGCCAGUGCAGGCCUCACUUUCCUCCCCUGUAAGGUCAGGGGGGCUUGACGUCUGAUCUGUAAGGCCCUGUCGGCUCACGCUGUGGUUCCACUUCUUCAACUAGGCCACUAGGCCCAAGCGCAUGAACAGGAAGCCACUGAGAAGCGGGCCACAUUUCCAGGUUCCCGGAGCUGGGCCUAGUCCCGUAUCCUCUGGCACACACCCAGCCACUCAGGCCGCGGGUCCAGCCCGCGAGGUUUAGGACAGAUCCAGGCAGACCGCAGGCUCCGAGUCGGGGCACCGGGUCAGCGCGCCGGCCAGAAGGCGGCGUCCUGGGCUCGACUUCCCGCGCGCGGAGAGCCGGCGAGCCCGCGUCCGAGUUCCUGGGCGAGAGCCGAGCCUGGCUUAGACCGCGCAGGACCCGGCUCCUCCACAUUCUCGGGCUGCCCCUGUGUCCUCGACUCACCCCUCCUUUCUGCCGCUCCUUCCUUUCCUUGCCCUGCUUUUACUGUUCCCAAACAGGACCGCUUUUCCUGUCUCCCAGCUGGAAAGGAGGAAGGGAGAGAGUCCAGAAAGCAUCGGUGAUGUGGAAGAAAAGGGGAGGAGGGGACAUGGAGGGGGAGACCGGAGAGAGAACGUACGCCGAGGAGUUAGGCGGCGGGAUCAAGGGGUGUCGGGGUGUCUGGGCGCGGGGCAGAGCGUGGAGGCGGCUGCGGCCAACGGUCGCCAAGACAACCAUUCUACGCCAGGACGCGGCAACAGGAGAGGAGCGGCCCGCGGGGGAGGGGAGCGCGGGGGGAAGAGGAAAGAGGAAGAAGCGCUCAGAUGCUCCGCGGCUGUCGUGAAGGUUAAAACCGAAAAUAAAAAUGGGCUACACACAAAGGACUCGGUUCUUGUCCCAGCUAGGCGCCCUCGCAGACGCGGGCAAAUGGGAGGGGAAGGGGCGCCCGGACCCAGCUGGGACCCCCGGUGCGACUCCACCUACCUAGUCCGGCGCCAGGCCGGGCCCGCAGCUCCGGCAGCGCCAGCGCCACGCAGUGUCCAGAUGUCGCAUCAGAGGCGUGCAGCGGUUUAGUUUAAUUUCGCUUGUUUUCCAAAUCUAGAAGAGGAGCGGAGCGGCUUUUAGUUCAAAACUGACAUUCAGCCUCCUGAUUGGCGGAUAGAGCAAUGAGAUGACCUCGCUUUCCUUUCUUCCUUUUUCAUUUUUAAAUAAUCUAGUUUGAAGAAUGGAAGACUUUCGACGAGGGGAGCCAGGAAUAAAAUAAGGGGAAUAGGGGAGCGGGGACGCGAGCAGCACCAGAAUCCGCGGGAGCGCGGCUGUUCCUGGUCAUGAUGAUGGGCAGCGCCCGCGUGGCGGAGCUGCUGCUGCUCCACGGCGCGGAGCCCAACUGCGCCGACCCCGCCACUCUCACCCGACCCGUGCACGACGCUGCCCGGGAGGGCUUCCUGGACACGCUGGCGGUGCUGCACCGGGCCGGGGCGCGGCUGGACGUGCGCGAUGCCUGGGGCCGUCUGCCCGUGGACCUGGCUGAGGAGCUGGGCCAUCGCGAUGUCGCACGGUACCUGCGCGCGGCUGCGGGGGGCACCAGAGGCAGUAACCAUGCCCGCAUAGAUGCCGCGGAAGGUCCCUCAGACAUCCCCGAUUGAAAGAACCAGAGAGGCUCUGAGACACCUCCGGAAACUUAGAUCAUCAGUCACCGAAGGUCCUACAGGGCCACAACUGCCCCCACCACAACCCACCCCGCUUUCGUAGUUUUAAUCUAGAAAAUAGAGCUUUUAAAAAUGCCCUGCCUUUUAACGUAGAUAUAUGCCUUCCCCCACUACCUUAAAUUUCCAUUUAUAUCAUUUUUUAUAUAUUCUUAUAAAAAUGUAAAAAAGAAAAACACCGCUUCUGCCUUUUCACUGUGUUGGAGUUUUCGGGAGCGAGCAUUCACGCCCUAAGCGCACAUUUAUGUGGGCACUUCUUGCGAGCCUCGCAGCCUCCGGAAGCUGUCGACUUCAUGACAGGCAUUUUGUGAAUUAGGGAAGCUCAGGGGGGUUACUGGCUUCUCUUGAGUUACACUGCUAGCAAAUGGCAGAACCAAAGCUCAAAUAAAAAUAAAAUAAUUUUCAUUCAUUCACUCA